CCCAUGGCCAGCCAGUCCAAGACCACGAUGAAAACAUGACGGUCCAGUGCAGAUACCGUACCCGCCUGUUUGCCAGCACCAUCAGCCACACCUUCUUCUUUAAGACCAAGAACAUAUCUUCAUGUUCAUCCGUUCCUUACAAGUCCUCAGAGGCCCUUUCCCAGCUCUUGAAAGUGCAUCCACCAGUUGAACUAAGCACGCAUGCUGCAGCGCAGGGAGGCCAACUCCUGCAGUGGUCCAGCCCGUACCCCACCUUCUCCUCCUGGAGCAAAAUCCACCUGACCUAUCAACUCAAUUACAGGAGAGUGGGACAGGUCCCCUGGACUAUUGAGAAUUUGAGAGGCACAAAUUUCACUUUAGAGGCCGAGUCUCUCUUGGUGUGUUGUUGGUAUGAGGCCAGGGUGAGGGCCAGAGGAAAGAUUGGCCAGUGGAGUGAGUGGAGCCCCCUGGUGAAGUGGCCGAGCGCUCAGCCCCCUAGGCAGGUUCCCAGCCUCCAGUGUGUGUUGGAUGGAGAAAAUGAGGUGACAUGUCAUUGGGAGAUGAGUACAGACCUAGUGAACUUUAUUACUUACCAGCUGGUCUGUCGACAAAACCAGACGGCACCGUCUGAAAAGUGCUGUGUUAACUCAUCAGUGAGUGCUGACUCCACGAGGGCGGUGCUGAGGUACAGCUGUUCUCUGACGGUCCCAGACCCAGAACAUCUCCUGCUAGAGCUCAUCCCAAGACACAGAGUCAAGGCCUUCAAAGCCCACCAACACAUCCGUCCCAAGUGCCCAGGCCAAGUGACGGUGACGGAGAGAGGAGAGGACUGGGUGGUGAAAUGGGAAAAACCAAGCCAAGAGUCACAACUCCAACUGCGUUAUCAAGUUUCCUACUGGAACGCACAAAACCAGGAAGACAUUCACUUCAAGGAUGUCCAAGAGGGUUCCAUGUCCCUGACUGUCCAGGAUGUGUCGCUGGCCCCCUCCCAGCGCUACAAGGUCAAGGUCAGGACUCUGCUGGUUCCUGGAGAAGGGCCCCGCUAUGAAGGAAGUCCCUCUGAAUGGACCAAACCUGUGGAUUGGACUUCACGCCCAGCCAAAUGGACUUUUUCCACCUUUCUUUACGUCUUCUUGAGUGUGAUAGUCACCAUAGCCUUCUUUGCUCUGUACUGCACCGUUCCAGCCUGUCAGAGAAAGGUAGCUAGGUGGGUGGCGUCUGUUCCCUCUCCAGACAAGAGUAACGUUUUUUCUGAGCUCAAGUGUCCCGGCAACAGCUGGACCCUCAUGCUGCGUGAAGACACUUACAUCUGCAAAGUGCAAAACCUUGAGAGCUCGUUGAAAUGUUAUUCGGAGGCUCUGCUGUUGCACUUGAAGGACCCUGAAAACAAAAUGCCCCCUGUGUCCGCGGACGGCGGCUGUUGGGACUGUGAAGAGCUGCCCUCUACUGUGGACAAAGAGACCUGCACUGAAACAACAGCCUGGAGCUUCAGUGGUCCAUACAUCUUUUGCAAAAUGAUAUCUGAACCAGAUCAGAAGUCUGCGGACAUCCAGGGUGAAAAAGAAAAGGAAGACACCGUCUCAGAUGGAUCUCCACCUCUUCCCCCCAAUCAAUUUGUCAUGUCUCUACCUGGUUCCAACGUCGGCCACGUGCCCAACUGCAGCCCCUCCAGGUCAACAGAGGAAGCUGUAUCCCACAGUAACGACAAUGGAACCACAACUGGACAUGACGGCAGUAACCUUGGCAACCAAGAUGCAGACGUCACCCAAACGUCACCCACCAAGCCAAGUAUCACCUGUUCCACCACCGGCCAAUUUGGCAACCACUCUGCCUACGUCAGAGGAGAGUUUCUGCCCUGGCAUCAGGGGGGCGCCCUGCAGCCAUCGGCUCACUAAGUUCUCCACCAUGGCACAAGAAAGUGGGUUGUACAGAUCCCCACGGAAACAGAUCUGAAUUCUUUUUGCAACCAACAAAUCUUGCAGAAAGCAGCAAGUAU